CAAAAGUCCGCCCCAAACCCUACGACGCCAAACACUGAAGAUUGACUACCACGUACAAACGGCUUCCUCACUACCAUAUACCGUCUGAAAAACGUCACCAUGGCCACCGAACGCGGGCCAAAGCCCAAAACCGAGCUCUCACAAUCGCAACCCACGUCGCAAAGACGCGCGCCCAUAGACGACGAGGAAACGCGCGCACUCGCGGCAUUCACCGAGUCGGCAACAAAGCAAUACGGGCGCGGCGAAAAGAUCCGACCCAAAUCAGUCAAGGACAAGAAGUUGCGCUCGAACCUGCGAUCGCUCGAGGCCAAGAACAAGCAGGCGGCGCUCGAGGCGAAGAACGUCGAGAUCCUGCUAGAGAACAAUGAGGGACUUCUAGAACCGGAGCAUGAGCUAGAACGAACAUACAAAGUACGGCAAGACGAGAUCAAGCAGGAAGUGGGCGUCGAGACAGCAAAGAAGGGCUUCGAGCUGCGGUUGGACGGCCUGGGGCCAUACGACGUAUGCGACUACAGUCGCAACGGGCGCGAUCUGCUGAUUGCGGGGAGAAAAGGCCAUGUCGCGACGUUUGACUGGCGAGCUGGCAAGCUGGGCUGCGAGCUGCAACUCAACGAGACGGUGCGGGACGCGCGCUGGCUGCACAUCAGCAACCAGAAGAACUUUGCCGUCGCCCAGAAAAAGUGCGUCUACAUCUACUCGGGCGACGGCGUGGAGCUGCACCAGCUCAAGAACCACUCCGAGGCCACACACCUCGAAUACCUGCCCUACCACUUCCUGCUCGCAUCCGUCUCCACGGCCGGCAUCCUGCGCUACACCGACGUCUCCACCGGUCAGUCGCUGGGGGAACUGUACACGAAACUCGGCCCCGCCACGUCCCUCGCGCACAACCCCCAAAACGCCAUCCUGCACGUCGGCCACCAAAAGGGCCUAGUCACGCUAUGGUCGCCCAACAGCGCCGCGCCCCUCGUAAAACUACUCCCCCACCACGGCCCCGUGCGCAGUCUCGCCAUCGACAAAUCAGGCACAUACAUGGUCAGCACAUCACAAGACCGCCGCAUGUCCGUCUGGGACAUCCGCAUGUUCAAAGAGAUCUCGACCCACCACCUCCGCAUCCCCGGCACAUCCCUCUCCAUCUCCGACCGCAACCUCACAGCCGUCGGCUACGGCUCCCAAGUCAACAUCUACAAGCCCGACAUCUUCACACACAACCCGGACCUCGUCCUGCCCACGCCCUACAUGGCCUGGGGCGGCGACGGCCUCAGCAUCGGCCGCGUGCGCUUCUGCCCCUUCGAAGACGUCCUCGGCAUCUCCCACGACAGGGGGUUCUCCUCCAUCCUGAUCCCCGGCGCAGGCGAGCCCAACCCAGAUACAAUGGAACAAGGCACCAACCCCUACGAAACAUCCCGACAGCGCCGCGAAACAGAAGUCCACGCCCUGCUUGAAAAACUGCAGCCCGAGAUGAUCGCCCUCGACCCCAAUUUCGUGGGUAAUCUCGAUUUGGCGUCUGAUGAGCAGAGAAGGCGUGAGCGCAACUUGGAUCUUAAAGAGGAGGAUAAGAUUGCGAGGUUGAAGAAGAGGGGUAGGGGUAGGAAUUCGGCGCUUAGGAGGUAUUUGCGGAAGAGUGGGAGUCGGAAUGUGGUGGAUGAGGAGAAGGAUAGGGCGAGGGAGGCGGUGGAAAGGCAGAAGAAAAGGAAUGUGGAGAAGAGGCAGAAGUUGAGGAGGGAGUAUGGGCCGGCGUUGGAGAGGUUUGCGAAUAAGAAGGGGGCUGUUUGAUGGGGGAGUGGGUGGGUGUAGAGAUGUGGAUGGCUUGUGUGGUGGGCGUAUGAUGCUGCAUUUUCUGGGCGUAGAGGGCUGUUAUAUUGCGCUAUGAUGAAGUUCUAAAUACUUCUUCUCGGCUUACUUGUAUCUUCCAUACGCCGUUGCUGGCAUGAGCCCAAGGCAAGACCAAAGAUCUGCGAAAUAAUGCUGGUUUGCCCGUCCUGCUAAUUCUUCAUACUCUGAAUUACGUUAGGCGUACAUAACACACACACGAUACGUAUAACCGUCUAAAUCUUUCCAAACAAGUUACACCGCACUGCCUCGACAUUCCGGAAUGCUAGAGUGGGUGCGAUGUAGCCUGCUUUGUUUCUGCUGGGUCUUUGGG